AUUUGACCCUCACGCGCUCCUGUAACGGGGGCGGAAGUGGAGGUGUUUACCUCUCCUCCGAGGGCCCGACAGACGGGCGAGGGUUCAGGCCGAGGCUGCUCGGUUUGUUCCAGCCUUUUAUCACCCCGUCGGGCUCCGCCAUGGAUUCCUGGGUCCGUUUCAGCGCCCAAAGCCAAGCCAAGGAGCGGGUCUUCAGAGCUGCCCAAUAUGCCUGCACACUACUAGGCUAUGCCCUGCAGAAGAAUGGAGCUGGGCCUGAUUUCCUUGCUAGGAUCAAGCAGCUGGAGGCUCAUCUGAGCUUGGGACGCAAGCUAUUCCGACUGGGGAACUCUGCAGAUGCUCUGGAGGCGGCCAAGAGAGCCAUCCACCUGUCAGAUAUCGUCCUUCGUUUCUGCAUCACAGUGAGCCAUUUAAACCGAGCCAUGUACUUUGCCUGCGACAACAUCUUGUGGGCGGGGAAAUCAGGUCUCUUUCCACACAUGGACCAUGAGAAGUGGAGCCAGAGGUCAUUCAGAUAUUACCUCUUUGCGCUGAUUAUGAACUUGAGCCGCGACGCCUACGAAAUCCGGCUCCUGAUGGAGCGCGAGACCAACGCGAAGACCCAGAAAGGAAGCUGCACAAAUGGCCGCUCCGGCCCGGGGGAAGACCAUCGCUUCCAGCAGCUGGCCCUGAAGCUGAAGCUGCAACUCGCUCUCCUGGCGCAGGUGCUCCGCAGCAACCCUCCCCUCCUCCUGGACGUGAUGAAAAAUGCCUGUGACAUUUUCAUCCCCUUGGACAAGCUGGGCCUGUUCAAGAGCAGCUCAGGUUUCGUGGGGCUCUGCGGCCUGACCUCAUCCAUCCUUUCCAUCCUCACCAUCCUCCACCCGUGGCUGAAGCUGAAACCUUGAUGGGUGCCGAGAGGGCUGGCUAAGCUGAGCUUCUCCCUCUCUUAAAUUUCCCCCGUUCCGGAAACUAGCUUGGGGUGCUAGUAACGUGGCACACUCAGCCAGCUUGGGAAGCAGGGGUUCCUCUGAACUUAGGAAAAAGGAUGGGGCGGGGGAGACGUCCUUCUAUUGGCACUCUUUAAAGUUGAGCCCAGCAGAUGGACACGCAACUCUGGGAAUGGACCUUGUGGGGGAGCCGUUAGUAUUUGGGGUUAUCGGGCCAGCGGUAACUGGAGUAACAGUCUUGUCAUGUUCUAUUUAUUUAGGAAGAAAUAAACAAAAACUAUACUAGCCAUGUUGUAGGUCAAUGUUGGUGAACCUUUUCGGCACCAAGUGCCGAAACGGGAGCGCACAUGCGCAUGCCGGAAACCAGAAAAGCAGCCACCCGGUGCGCAUGUGCGCGCCGGGAAGAUCUUCCGGUUUCCAGUGCGUGCAUAUGCACCGGCCACCUGGCCUUCCAGUUUCUGGUGCACAUGCACUCACGAAGAUCAGCUGGCCGGAGCGCAUAUGCGCACCAGAAAUCGGAAGAGCAGCUGGCCGGUGCGCAUGCCAGGAAGAUUACCUUCUUGUUUCCAGCAUGCGCAUGUGCGCCGGCCACUUGGUCUUCCGGUUUCCAGCGCUCCCACGUGCGUGAAGACCAGCUGGCCGGAACCCGGAAAAGCAACAGGUGAUGGCUCUGCGAGCCACUUCCAUCACAUGUGCUAUAGGUUCCCCAUCAUGGUUGUGGGUCUCCCUGACAGAUACGACCAAGUUAUGUUGCAAAAACCAGUUUGUUCCCCGUGUUCAGGGCCUUUCCGCGUUUUAAUAGUUGGGAGUUUGAGGAUGUGAACAAUAUUUGGACACUAGCCUGAAUCACAUUUGUUAAUAGGGAUAUAUAUGACUUUACCGAUCAAUAUUGGGAUCUGUGGCACCAAUUUACUCACGUUGAAUUAUUUGCCUUCCUCAAAAAAAAAAGAAAAACAUUUUGAAAUAAAGGUAACGACUGAAACUUAAGCAGUUAAGAAUUAAAUGUAACCACAC